AUGCCUUCUUCAUCCCCCUCCCUCCCUCAAGAGUUGAUAAUCGAGAUCAUGAACCGUCUCGAUAGUCAUUCCAUUCUUCAGAUGGCGCUCACCUGCCGUUGCUUUUACGCGAUCUUCCAGUCAACACCUAUCCGUUACGUCUACGAGCUCGGAAUGAAUUCCCUGCAGGACGCUGGAUCGGGCAUGCCGACUGAUGAGCUGCUUGUUCUACUGCGAGAUCGGCAGAAGGCAUGGGCAACCCUCGAAUGGAAGAGCUUGACGACCGUGAAGGUUCCACCAAGUCGAGAAAACUUCAAACGAUCUGCUGGGGUGUUAGCACGGCUGGACAGGGACGAGCUUCUGUCGUCUAUCUACCAUCUUCCACCCAAUCUAGCCCCAGGAUCUGGUCGUUCUGAUGGUAUCCUCUGGCGGGUAAACAGUGCAUCAAUUUUCACUGCCGCACGAUCUCGACGAACGAAGUCCAUCCCAACGCAACUACGGCCGGCAUCCUUGACCCAUCUGCUGUCGAGUCAACCUCGAAUCUUGCUUGUGGACAACGUCCUUGCACUUUGUGUAGAAAAUAUCGACCUAAUCCGACUUUGGAAUUGGACCACAGACCUACUCCUCUUUGAUUCGUUCAACCAUGUGCUACGAGACUAUCAACGCGAUCUGCGAAGUUUCGAGUUCCUGCGCCGAGACGCCUUUAUCGUAACGUCGGAAACCGAGAGUGGCCAGAUACUCGUCUACCGAUUCUCUCCUACGACGCCCGGAAUACCUGUGCACGUCGCCUCGUUUGGGCUGCCACCCACUGCACCGUCCUUUUCGCCGGGUGUCUACUUGAGGCUCGGGCAAUUCCAGCCACGGUCCACGCCAGGGAUGCUCUUCACGCAUUUGCCUGAGUCACGGGUGCUCUGCUUUGUCCUCGCUUAUCCCUAUCGAAUGUACUCGCUAUAUGUCUGCAAUUCGACGUUCCUGAUGUAUGUUGAUAACUCCGGGGCUGGUGCCAGCGGAGUGCAAGAUGUGCCUUGGGAAGUCUGGGGUGAGAAGGAGAGCCGGUUUAUGGAAGGGGACUUUGCAAAUGCAAGUUGUCUGGACGCUCAUGGAAGCCGCGUUAUCUACGGAUUCUCUGACAAAUCAAGAAUCGAGGUGCUAGAUUUCUCGAGUAUUCAGCCUUGUUUCGCAUCUCCUAUCGGCAGGCAAUAUGGAUCAAGCAAUCCUACCAUCGUUUCAUAUAAAGAGGUAUUCAUCCAAGAUGUCGUGACUCGCCUCCCAUAUUGGGUCGUCUCGAGGGCGAUGGAGGAGGAAUCGUUCAAUAGAAAUUAUAUGAUCAUGAUCGACGAGGAGCACAUUAUCGCAUUAGAUACAUCUGACAUACGAGUAUACUCGUUUUGA